AUGGCGGCAACGGGGUUCAAUGACCUGGUUCCAGAAGAGUCCUUUGGUAUCGGAUUGAAGCUGCGGUGGUCGGUGCGGAUCAAAGAAGGAGACGUUGAUGUUGGCGACACCCCGAUGGCUUCAUAUGUCACUCGCGGCGAAUCUGUUGAAAAUGAAGUAGAAAGUGAGUGUGGACUGAACAAUGAGGUUGAAGUAGAGAGUGAGGUUCAAGUAGAGAGUGAUGGUGAAGGGGACAAUGAAGUUGAAGUGGAGAGUGAGGAUGAAGGGCAUAUGGAUCAUCUUAGUGGUGAUGAGUACGUGGAGGAGGAGGAGGAAGAAGAAAUGGGUUUUGGUUUGGAGGACAGUGAUGAAGAGUGUAUGGCUGAGGUCAAUUGUAGGGGGUUGUCAGAUGAUGAAUGGCAUUCUGAUGUCUUGGUAAGUCCACAAAACAGUGGUAGUGAGAACGAGAGUGAAGAUAGACCACAACCAGGUCCAUUUCAGACAUAUGAGAAACAAAAAAGUAUGACAGAUUAUAAGUGGGAAGUUGGGACAGUAUUUGCUGAUAAGGCUCACUUUAUUGAGGCCAUUAGAACUUAUGUUGUGCAUACUGGGAGGGCUUUGAAGUACUGGUCAAGGUCUCGUUUCUCAUAUGAAGCUGUAUGUGAUUCCCUUGAUAACAAUAUAUGUGAAGCCUUUAACAGUGUUAUUGUGCUUGCCAGAGGCAAGCCAAUAAUCACAAUGCUAGAGGAGAUAAGGCUUUAUCUUAUGAAACGUUGGGCCACCAACAGAACCAAGGUCGCAGCUAUGGAAUUCACUAUCUGUCUAAAGAUAAACACCAGGCUUAUCAAGGAAUCAAACCUGUCUAGAUAUUGGAUUCCAAGCUGGUAUGGACGUAAGUUGUUUGAGGUCAGACACACUGCAGUAAUAACAAACAAGUUUACGGUGAACCUUGAGACUAAAGAGUGUAGCUGCAGGAAAUGGAUGAUAAGUGGGAUUCCAUGUUGUCAUGCCAUUGCAGCCAUGAACUAUUGCAAUGAAGACCCCAAAAAUCUCAUACCCUCUUGCUUCACAAGAACGACAUAUGAAGCCACUUAUGCCGCAAUGAUUUAUCCUGUCAAUGGCCAAAUGCUUUGGGAAAAAACAUCAUUUGUGGAUGUCCUGCCACCAAUUAUACGAAAGAUGCCUGGGAGGCCAAAGAAAAAAAGAAAAUUGGAGGCCUGGGAGUUAACAAAGGAUGCGACCCAAAUGAAUAUUGGUGGGCACAGGAAAAAAUGUACCAUAUGCCGUAAACUGGGACACAACAGAAGCAAGUGCCCCUUACGUCCACCCAUCACAGAACCAACAUGUCCCUCUGACUCACAAACACAACAACCCAAUCCUCAAUCCCCGCAACCAUCACAACCUACUCAGGAGUCCACUACACAUUCAACUCCACCAAUCAUGAGGAAGAAGUUACCUUUCAAAAGAAGAAUCAAUUAG